AAUAAAGGGGCAGAGGAAAUUUAUGGAAGACUGGUAGAUCUUUGAGGAUCCUCCCUACAAAUGACCUCAUGCAGGGAGCAGGAGGAGGAGGAGGAGGUGGAGAAGGAGGAGUCCGACGUCGCGUAGGAUACUUUGGUGAAUCAAGCUGGGAGUUUUGUGUGGAGAUACGCUGAGAGGACUGGGAGAAGUUUUUGUAGUCCUAUAAUAUCCAUGACAUUUAUCAGUGGCUGACACUCAGACUGUGCUGUCCUCCAUACCCACUCCCCACACUUCCUCCUUCAAAGCAUUGUGCAGGGGCCCUGAAGAGAGGAUUCCAGGAAUCUUGCCAUGUUCAAGGCAGUGCUGAAGAAGAAUAGAGAUGGAGGUAAAGGAAGCAAGAAGGAUUCAGGUGAUGCUCACAGCCACAGUGCUCAAAGAAGAUUCCCACCUGAGGGAAACCCCCAGCCCCAGGGGCCUGGCAGUGGUCACAUUAGUGCACAAGAUGAUGUUUUCAGACUAGGUUUUGCCAAGGGAGUUUCCAUGUCUCUCCCAUCUUCACCUCUUCUGCCACGGCAGUCCUAUAUGAUGCCCUUACGACCAAGCAAGAGAUCACCAGGUCCGAUCAGGAAGCCCAAAUAUGUAGAGAGUCCUCGCGUUCCUUCUGAUGCCAUUGUGUCCGCGUUGAGGAAAGUGACUGAUAACAAGGAAUCAUCCCAUAAUGACCUGCAAGCAGAGCAACAGCCAAGCCCCUCCUCUCCUGCAACUCAGGAACUGAUGACAAGACUGGGCUUUUUACUGGGAGAAGGGAUCCCGGGCACGGCACGCAUACCUAUGGACGACAAGAAUGAAAAGAAGUGCUCUCUGACCAGCCAGGGUAUCAGCCCCUGCUCUACACUGACGAGCAGCACUGCCUCUCCCAGCACUGACAGUCCAUGUUCCACCCUCAACAGCACGACAAGCCGUCCCCCACUCAGCUGCUCCAGCCCCUGUGGAACCAUUACCAGCCCCAGCUCCACGCUUGAAAGCAAGGACAGUGGGAUCAUAGCCACCAUCACUAGCUCUUCAGAGAAUGAUGACCGCAGUGGCUCCAGCCUUGAGUGGAGCAAAGAUGGCAGCCUAAGAAGCAGUGGGCGCCAUGGCCUGGGACAGGGUGUGCGGGCUGAUACAUGCUCCCCAGUGGUGGAAGAAGACUCCAGCAGCACCACAGCAACACCGACCGACACUCCAUCCAAGACAGACCAGCAGCAGCAACCCAACAUAUCACCAGGAAUACAAGAACCACCACAGCCACCAAACCACUCACCUGAGGGAACCAGUCCAUACUCAGCACAGACAUCAUCCUCCCUCAUGAUGCCGAGACCAAACUCUGUCGCAGCAACCAGUUCCACAAAGCUGGAAGACCUCAGUUUUCUAGAUGAACAACGCAACACCCCCCUGCGGACAUCCAUUCGCCUUCCGUGGCAUAACACAGGAGGACGGCCACCUCAGGACUCAAAAGCACGCUUUGCUCCCUACAAACCUGUGGACAUCAUGCUCAAGCCCUUGUUGUUCGAGGUACCCAGCAUCACCACAGACUCUGUGUUUGUUGGCCGAGAUUGGCUCUUUCAGCAGCUGGAAGAUGUCCUGAAGGCCAGCGAGUCCGCAGGGAACCACGGUGCUGUAGUGGUGGGCAGCGUGGGUUAUGGAAAGACGGCCAUUAUCUCCCGGCUUGUAGCACUGAGCUGCCACGGAGGACGCAUGCGCCAGAUCGCCUCCAACAGCCCCAGUGCCUCCCCUAAAAGUGGUGCAGGACAAACCACAGAACUUCCUCUCAGCCAGCCCCCACAGCCCACUCCACCAUCCAGUGCCACCAACACACUGAGGACCAACAGUUGCCCGGGAACCCCUGAGAUGCAGCGGCGUAGGGAGGAGGCUGUCAAGCGCCUGGCUUCAAAGGUGGUUGCCUAUCACUACUGCCAGGCUGACAACACAUACACUUGCUUGGUACCAGAAUUUGUGCACAGUAUCGCAGCCCUGCUGUGCCGAUCACAUCAACUCACUGCAUAUAGAGAACUGCUACUGAAAGAGCCACAUCUCCAGAGCAUGCUCAGUCUGCGCUCCUGUGUCCAAGACCCCAUGGCUGCUUUCCGGAGGGGGGUCCUGGAACCUUUAGUCAACCUUCGUAAAGAGAGGAGAAUUUCAGAAGAGGACCAUAUAAUCUUGGUGGAUGGACUGAAUGAAGCAGAGUUCCAUAAGCCGGACUACGGAGACACCAUUGCUUCCUUCAUCGCCAAGAUCAUUACAAAGUUUCCCCCCUGGCUCAAACUAGUGGUCACUGUCCGGGUCAAUUUAUUGGAGAUUACAAGUCUUCUUCCUUUUGCUAAGAUCUCCCUGGAUGACUGUACCGACAACAGUGAGAUAACCAGUGACCUCAAUGCAUAUAUUCAGUACCGCAUCAAUGGCAGCAAGGAUAUCAUGAACAAUAUUAGCCUGAAUGGCAAAGCCGAUCCUGUCACAGUGAGCAAGCUCAGUAGCCACCUGAUCUCUCGCAGCCAGGGCUCCUACCUGUAUCUUAAACUCACCCUGGAUCUGUUCGAAAGAGGCCACCUCGUGAUCAAGAGCGCCAGCUACAAAGUCGUGCCCAUUUCCUUAGCAGAACUUUACCAGUUACAGUGCAACAUGAAGUUCAUGACCAAUUCCGCCUUUGAGCGCUCUCUGCCCAUCCUUAAUGUGGCGCUGGCCUCGCUACACCCCAUGACUGAUGAGCAGCUGUUUCAGGCCAUCAACGCCGGCUUCAUCCAAGGGGAGCUGCAUUGGGAGGACUUUCAGCAGCGCAUGGAGUUACUCUCAUGCUUCCUCAUCAAACGACGAGACAAGACGCGCAUGUUUUGCCACCCGUCCUUCAGAGAGUGGCUGGUGUGGAGAGCAGAUGGAGAGAGUACAGACUUCCUGUGCGACCCCAGGACUGGCCAUGCUUUCAUGGCUUUCAUGUUAUCCCGCCAAGAGGGGAAAUUGAAUCGCCAGCAAACGAUAGAGCUGGGACACCACAUCCUCAAGGCACACAUCUUUAAGGGCCUGAGUAAGAAAACAGGUGUGUCAUCCAGUGUGCUCCAGGCUCUGUGGAUUAGCUUUGGGGCCGAUGGCCUUUCUGCAGCCUUGGCUUCUCUGAGGAACCUCUACACACCUAAUGUCAAGGUGAGCCGUCUCCUGAUGCUGGGAGGAGCAAACGUGAACUAUCGCACAGAAGUCCUGAACAACGCACCAGUUCUUUGUGUCCAGUGCCACCUUGGUCACCAGGAGAUCGCCUCACUGCUUCUUGAGUUUGGUGCCAGCAUAGAUGUUGUGUCUGAAAACGGCAUGAGCCCCCUUUGCUUCUCAGCCGCCGCAGGACACUUGGGACUAGUCAUGCUGCUCUGUAAGAGGGGGGUCAAGGUGGAUCACAUAGAUAAGAGUGGGCAGUGUGCUCUGGUUCAUGCUGCAUUACGUGGACACACCGAGAUAAUCCAGUACCUGCUGGAGCUAGAAUGGAGUGCAGAGGGGAAGCAGCAGGACUGCUCUCUGAAGGAUAAAGCUCUGCAGCAGGCUUUGAUUGCAGCCUCAAGCAUGGGACACACACAGGUUGUGAGGGGCUUGCUGGCAUUAAAAAAUGAGCAUGCUGUGCAAAUUGAUAGUCAUGACACUCUGUGGGGAGAGACAGCUCUGACAGCUGCAUCUGGUCGGGGGAAGAUGGAGGUAUGCAACUUCCUGCUGGAGCAGGGGGCAGUGGUGCAGCAGGUCAACCGGCGGGGGGUGUCUCCUCUGUUCUGUGCUGUCAGACAGGGACACUGGCAGAUCGCUGAGCUGCUGUUGCAACAUGGUGCUGAUAUUAACAUCAGUGACAAGCAGGGCAGAACCCUACUCAUGGUGGCUGCCUGUGAGGGUCACCUGAGUACAGUUGAGUUUCUGCUAUCAAAAGGUGCAUCUUUAACUUCAAUGGACAAGGAGGGAUUGAUGCCCCUCAGCUGGGCAUGUUUAAAAGGACAUAAGAAUGUGGUGCAGUUUUUGGUGGAGAAAGGUGCGGUCAUCGACCACACAGACAAAAACGGACGAACUCCGCUGGACCUUGCUGCCUUUUAUGGAGAUGCAGAGAUUGUCCAGUAUUUGGUGGAAAGAGGGGCAGUAAUAGAGCAUGUGGACCAUAGUGGGAUGAGGCCUCUGGACCGGGCCAUAGGUUGUAGGAACACGUCGGUGGUUGUGACUUUGCUGAAGAAAGGUGCAAAGCUGGGGAACGCUGCUUGGGCUAUGGCUACUUCCAAGCCUGAUAUCCUCAUCAUUCUUCUUCAGAAGCUGAUGGAGGAGGGAAACUUACUUUACAAGAAAGGGAAGAUGAAGGAGGCGGCCCAGAGGUACCAAUAUGCCCUGAGGAAGUUUCCACGAGAAGGCUUCGGCGAUGACCUGAAGGCAUUUAAAGACCUAAGAGUAUCUCUGUACCUCAAUCUCUCCCGCUGUCGCAGAAAAACCAAUGAUUUUGGGAUGGCUGAGGAGUUUGCGACAAAAGCACUGGAGCUGAAACCCAAAUCCUAUGAGGCCUACUACGCCCGCGCCAGAGCGAAAAGAAGCAGCAGACAGUUUACAGCGGCCCUGGCUGACCUACAUGAAGCAACCAAGCUGUGCCCCAAUAACCGAGAGAUCCGCCGCUUGCUGGCUCGAGUUGAGGAGGAGUGUAAACAGAUGCAGAGAACUCAGACCAAAGGAAGCCUUGCCGGGGCUGCAGCCGCUUCCGUCCAGGCAUCAGGGGGCCAUGAGUCUGACCAGGAGCAAGAUGAAGGCCAGGAGGGCCCCUCAGAGCACAGCCUGGCAAGGAGUGUGGAAGGCCAAAGAGACAUUCUUGAGGAAGAAGACGAAGAAGAUGAAGAGGGAAUUGGCUUGAAGCAUGACAGGACAGGGGAAGCCUGCUGGUCCCAGAACAGUUACCCCUUCAAUAGGGUCUUACCUGCUAACUCGGCAGCUGCCAGCAACUGCCAGGGACAUCAGAAUCUGAGGCCCAGCUCACCUCCUGACCCCACUAGGCUUCCUCCCCACAGAUAUCCUCGAGAACAUCGGGAGGCGUUGGCCCAACAGGCCCGGAUCCUGCAGCCCACCAAGCAGGCUCAAAUUGUCAAGACCAAUCAGCACAUGAGUUCUAUGCAGGCUGCAGGCGGUGCUGUCGGGGGUCGCUCUGCAGGGUCCAAAUCUCAGUACGCACCUUCCAGCCCUUUACCAAGUCGACACAUGUCCAGCAAGCUGAAGCCAGGCCCGGGUAUCGACAUCAGCCCCCUGCCUCCCCCAGUUGAUGAGCCUGUGUAUGGGAACCGCAAGUUGCUGGCUUCUGCAUCCGCCUCCAUAGGUCAGAGUUGUGAGAGUGAGAGCCUCAUUUCCUCCCAUGCUACCUACUCUUCCAGCAGCACCUCCAAAUGUCUGGGGCAGGACCGGCUGUCCGCCCACUCUGCUUCCUCUCUGGAUGGAUUGGUGUGCUCUGGUCCUGGACACCAGGGGAACCACGCUGACCCAGGAAAGGAGGCAACAUGUGGUACAGCGGGAUCUCAGGGAGGAAGCGUCAGCAGCAUGCGCGUGUCCAGUUCCACCAGCAGCCUGGCCUCCAGCAGCAGCCUGUCGGACAGCGGAAAGCUAGGUCCCGACGUCCGCUCCAAGAUCUCUGACAAAACUAAGCACAACCAGCAGGCUGGCUCUGCAGCAGAGUACAAACCCAGACCUUUCAUGGGUGUAACCGACAAGACGGCACGCUUUCAGCAACAGCAGCAGCAGCACCACAGCUUGCAGACUCAUCCAAGCCUUCAGUCUGCCAGUCGCAGCUGGCUGAACCACUCCUCUGAUGGCUUGGUGUGCCACAAUGUCUCAUCGGGCCUGCAGCCUGUCGACUGCGAGCUGUCCUACAGCAAAACAAUGAGCACGUACCAGGAGCAACACAAACCGCCUCCACCUCAGGGCGGUAUGGCAAUGAGUAGCUUACAAAAUGGCAUGCAUGCCAAGGAGUUUGCAGAGAAGUUCUGCCAAAUGGCAAACUGUUACAAAGAGUCCAAGCCAGCACUGGUCAUGCCUCAUGCUUAUGUGGACAGUAAGCCCAAGCAGCCUGGCCUAGUCCGAGAUAAUCCUGCCAUUCACGUAGCUUCAAUAAAACCAAAGCGAUCAUUUAUAGAGUCGAAUGUUUAGAGAUAUUUCCUUUAUCUCUUUCAGUCCACAACGCACACACUGACUGGCAGAAGGUCUAACCUGAGGAGGACUUUUUUUUAAAACCAGCUCUAGAGUCCAAGCCUACUUUUAAGCCUUGUAAGAAGUAUAGUUUGUGAACCGUUUGUGAAUACAGACAUCAAGCAGGCGGCGUGCCGAAAGCUCCAAACUUUAUUCGUCACAAUCUGCCGCUUAUGGCUGUCAGCUUCUGUUACAUGACAACAUGUCUGCUGUCAUUCAGCCAAGCUGGAGACAUUGCACUGAAGGAAGAAUUUGGACUUUUGCUGUACAAUCCUGAACAAAAAGAACAGAGACGGCAGGCAAACACCGCUGGGUCAUGCUUACAAAGUGCUUACACAACAUAAACAGUUGCAGCAUAACAUUAGGAGAGAAGAGUUCUGAGUGGAAAUGAGGUUAGAAAUGUCCUGAUCACGUCUACGGUGCUCAGAACAGAGACAGUUAUUUUAUGACCCCUUCACUUUUUGUGUUGUAAGUAGGGCUGGGCAAUUAAUGAAAAAUUAAUCUAAACCAACAUUUGGAAUCAAUAAUCCACGUAAUCUUGCUCAUGUCAAUAAUUUAAAUGAUCUCUUUAAUAUAUUUAAAAAUAUUAAACUGUGUGUGCUUCCUUUCAUUUCAAUAUCUGCUUUUCUAUCACGAAAAUAUUUUCCACAAAAACUUUCAGUCAGCUAAGAAGGCUAUAAAUAAAACAAUGCUAAAGUAAUUGCUAAUUAAUUUAAGUAACAUGUUCAAUUAAUCUUGAUAUUGAUUUGAGGUCAUAUUGCCCAGCCCUAGUUGUAGGUUUGAUUUUUCUUAAUAAAACUGUCAUUCUUUCCCAGUAAUUAACUAAAACGUCUGAUCUGGAAACAUUUCAACCAACAGAGUUUUUAAAUUUGAGUCUAUGCUGCAAGAAUAGAUUGGAAUACUUGAAAUGCAGUUAACAACUGAGUCUAAAUUUACAAGUAUGAGCAAAAACUUUUAAAAUAACAACAUUGAAUUUACAACACUACAUAACAUGCUAAAAGUGAAGGAGUCUGAGUACUAGGAAGAGUAUGAGAGAUGGGCAUUCCUGUGUUUUUACACAGGAGGAUGAGGAUGUUAUAGAUCCUCAUGUGUACAUUAUAUAAAUAUAUCAAUUCCUUCUUUUCAGUGAAGGUCUAUGUUAAGUGUAUUGACAAGUUCAGACUUGUGUAUUUUGAGUUUUAGGCACAAUGUUGUUAAAAUGGUGUUAAACAUUUGUUAAAUAUAUUUGUACAUUAUAUAAAAUCAGCAUUAACACUGAAUUUUCUGUAUCUGCUUGUUGUUGCUGUCAAGUUUAAUUUAUUUACAGCGCCAUUGGCUUGGUUAAUUGUAAAGCAAUAUAUUUUAUAUAGUUAUUUUUGCACAGCUACUAAGGCAUUUUAUUAAUCUCAAUGUUGAGAUUCCAGUGCAUGCUACAAAUGCAGUUUAUAUUACAGAGUAAGAAAAAUAACUAAUUGUUUUGGGGCACAGUCCCAUCAGCUCAAUUUGAUGAUGUACGUUAAAUCCAAUUGUUGCCAUGUUUUCAGUAUUGUGAGCUUUAUUAGCUGUGAUCACAUACUGUAAUAGAACAUUACUGCCAUAGCCACCAUGGGAGAGAGAAAUAAAGACCCACUAAAAAAA